AAAACCCAGCAGUGCCCGCCGCAUCUCCUCGGUUCUCCCCCUAGUUGCACCAAGCAACGAAUCAGCGCCGAGGAAUGUCAAGGACUCUGCCCGCCUUGGUUUGGUCGUCUGCCCUGCCCGUUUCACCCCUCUGCCCUGCGAAGCGAAACCCUCGUCCCAUCGCCAUCGCUGGCAAGCCAACCAACCGACUGCCUGCUCCAGUUUGCUGCUGCUCCCCGCCUUCCGCCUCCCUGCAGCCCGCUGCACCGCGUCACUGCUUCCACUGCUUCCUCCAGCCCUGCCUGCCCUCGCCUCACCUCACCCCUCUCACAGUCACGAGGGUUUGGAUGGUGGUCUGUACGACCCACACUUAGUUAUUGCUUUCGCGAUCUGUCUGCUGACGUGUAGCACCUAGUAACCUCGACGUACGGACUUCUCACGUCUGGCUCUAGUUUGUUGUUGGUGGUAACGAUUUAUCGCACGAGGCGCGUGUUAAGAGAAUUCUGAAAGCAUUUCACUGGAUUCAAAUUAGUCACAGCAAUUAUAGUGGAAUAUGACAUCCCGGGAUGGUGGUGGUGACAUAAUGGCGUCAGCGAUAGAUGAUUAUCCAUCGCUGAAGGCCAAGUGGGUAGUUAUGCAGCAUGCAGGAAAGAAACCCGGCUCCAUGUUCGAUGACCUCGCCUUUGUACCGGACCACGACCUGCUUGACACGGUAUGGCUCGACAACCCCCAACAAGAAUCCACUGGGAAGAAGGGAGAGAAGCCGUGGCAGGUUGACCCCAAGACUGCAUCGUAUCCGUCCGAGGAGCUUCCAUCCACGGCUGCUGUUCGCGAUGCUGAGCUGGACGCCGUCGUGAACAACCAGGUCGCGGUGCAGGAUCCGCCUGCCGCUCCCCCGCCGGCGGCGUUCCGCGACGACAUGGUGUCGUGGCUGCUGGACGAGGCCAUCGACGGCACCUUCACGGCGGACGCGUGGCACGACUUCGCCGCCGCCGCUCUCGGCGAGGCGGGCAAGGAGAUCCACAAGGACGCCGCCGGGGCUCAACCCAGUCAGACAGAUCCUUCCGCAAGGCCCACCGCCGGUCACGCACCUGCGCCCAUGAUCGCGGACGCGGACGUUGCUCACAAGUCCCCCGCGUGCGGCAGUGCGAAGCCGGGCUUCAAGAGCUCGAGGCCCGAGCAAGCGAUGGUGUCGCAGAAGCCGUUCGGGGUGGUGUCGUCGGCGGGCGGCGACGGGGUGGCGAAGAAGGCGGCGCUAAGCAACAUGGGCGUCGCCGCGCUCCUCGCGCAGAAACGAGCCAUCAGCCUCAAGCCGGCCGCCGUGUUUCCCGGCGGCUUGGCGGACGCGCGGAUGAAUAGCUCUGGGGCGGAGAAGGGCGCGAGUAUGAUGGAGAAAGGCGCGAGCAUCAUGGAGAUGUUCAGCCAGCAGUCGCAGCAGCUGCAGCAGGCGCAGGAGCUGCAGCACGAGCAGCUGGAGCUGCAGCAGCACGAGGAGGAGCUGGCCGCGCAGCAGCUCUUCUUCAUGGAGCAGCAGAAGCUCAGACAGCAGCAACUCAAACUGCGACACGUGCUCCAGAUGCAGCAGCAACAGCAACAACAGCACCAGCACCAGCACCAGCAGCAACAGCAACAGCAGCAGCAGCAGCAACAGCUGCAGGAGCAGGAGCAGCAGCAGCAGCAGCAGCAACGGAAGGCUUUGCUGCAGCAGCAGUGCCAGCUAGUGAAGUUAGAGGCGAAGCAGUCGUCGAUGCGAUUCCCCGACGCCAAUCCCCAAGGGAACCUCCCCCUGUCCGCCCCUCCCCGCGCCACGCCUCUCAACUUUUCGCACUUCUCGCUGCCCGCCGCUCUCUACGGCCGCUCCAACUCUAAGUCCCUCACCGCCGCCGCACCGUCCGCAGCCGCGCCGCCGCCCAGCUCUCAGGGAACCUUUCGCCCGCCGUCCAGGACGUUGGCGCCGCCCUCGAAGCCCGCCACCGCGCCAUCGGCCCCUGCGCUUGCGCGCGCAGGCGAUUCUUCAGCGUCCCCCUCGUCAGCCACCGCGCAGCAACUCGCGCAACUCGCGGCUACCGGCAGCCCCUCGGGCGCGGCUGCUAGCCAGUCGGGUGCUCCCGCAGGCCCCUCCUCGCGCGCGCUGUCGCGGUCUCCGCCUGCCGCUGGCGGGUCCACCUCCGCCGCCCACUCUGCUGCGGCAGGCGCGCUGUCCGCCGCUGCGGCGAAGCCGCUGCCGUACGCGCCCAUCGCGAAGCAGCAGCAGCACAAGGGCGCGGCGGGGCAGCUGCCCGGGGAGGGCACGCGCGGCGAGGCGUCGGCGGACGCGUGGCACGCAUCGACGGUGACAAGCAACGUGGACUCCCCCGCCGCGUGGGGCAAGCACGAGCGCGACGGCACGGGCAGCUGCGCCGUGGGGGGGGACGACGACGACACGAUGGGCGCGCGCGGGGAGCGGAUGGCGCGAAAAAACACGUGCGGAACGAAGGACUCGCACACUCAUCCAGGGUCGGGCGGAGGCGGCGGCAGCUGGGGGAAGCGGUCGCGCGAGGAGAGCGAGAACAUGGCGUUCGACGAGGCGGACGCGGCGGAGGAGUCCGCGGACACGCGCAAGACGAACACGACGGCCAAGCGCAUGGCCGUAUCGGGCAACGAGAGCAGCGCCGCGAAGCGCGCGCGCGCCGCUGAAGUGCACAACAUGUCGGAGAGGAGGCGGCGCGAUCGCAUCAACGAGAGGAUGAAGACGCUGCAGGAGCUGAUUCCCAACUCCAACAAGACGGACAAGGCGUCCAUGUUGGACGAGGCCAUCGAGUACCUCAAGAUGCUGCAGCUGCAGCUACAGGUCAUGUCGAUGCGCACUGGCAUCAGCAUCCCCGCUGGUCUCACCGCCGCGGGCGCGGCGCUGCCGUCGCUGGGCGCCGCCAACAUGGCCGCGGCCGCGGCGCACAUGGGAUCGGCGCCGCUGCCAGGCGCGCUGGGCAUGGGGCUCUCAGGCAUGGGCGCAGGGCUGGGCGGGGGACUGGGGGGGAUCAACGCGGGCAUGGGCAUGGGGAUGGGCAUGGGCAUGGGGCUUGGCAUGGGCGGACUGGGAGGGAUUGGGGGGUUGGGCAUGGGCGGCAUGGGCAUGGGCGGCCUCGGGCUGUCGGAGCUUGCGGGGCUGCCAGCUCAGCAGCGGCUCAUGAUGGAGAUGGCGUGUGCUGACCUGGCGCCGAAUACAGGCGGGCAGGGCCGACUUAAUGACAUGUCAUCAGUCGCGGCUGCAAUGGCUGCUGCCACGUCAUCCCAGUCGCUCUCCCAAUCCGCGCGGCACUCUCAGCUGCUGUCACAGCUGCAGGCGGCUCAGGCAGCAGUGGUGGCAGCAGAGGGGGGUGCGAGUGGAGGGGGGGGUGCAGGGCGGGAGGGGGGAGCAGGGAGGGCAGCAUCGGCUUCCGCAUCGGCAUCAGCGUCAACGUCAGCGGCCAUGGCAGCCGCUGCAGCGAUGCUGGAGGGACACCGGCAAAUGGGAUCCACUGUUGACCCCAUGGAUGCUUACUUGGCGCGGCACCAGCAGCAACAGCACCAGCAGCAACAACAGCAGCAACAGCAACAACAGCAACAGCAGCAGCAGCAGCAGCAACAACAGCAACAACGCCAGGCGUUCAAUCUCGACAUGUACCAGGCAUUCCUGCAGCAGCAGCAGCGGUAGUAGGGGCAAGCACGUGCGCCUUCAGUUUCUUGGCAUUGUUGCCUGCCUGCUGAGGAAGCUGUUGGGAGUGGCGCCAGUGAGGUCGCGAGCCAGUAGCAGUGGCAGCAGCAUGAGGUGGUCAAGUUUGGUGAGGCAUAUGCUGCUCUGCCCAUCUCACGUGUAUGUUUUCAGCUCAGUCCCGCUGACAGGCCAUUGAUCAACCGUGACAAUGGUGUUAUUGUUUACUGCAUCGCCAUGGCCGUUCGGUUGGAAUGGCCAAGGCUUGGCAAUUCUUGAAGCAUGGCUGUUGAAAGUAGCCGCCAUGCAACAUCUGACAUGCCAAUAAGGGCUUGCUUGUACCGUAAUCCCCCGUAUAUAACACCCGCCGAAAUAGUCACUCCGCGGGUGGUUUAUGCGGGGGAGAGCUUAUGAUAGGGUGAAUUUAGGAGAGCACCCGCUUUUCGGGGGCUGCAUUUUACAUAACACCCUCCUCGUUUUAUGCAGCAAAGAACAG